AUGAAUACGACGGAUGUCUUCACCGAGGCUACCUACGACGCCACGACGUGGUUCGAAUUCUACGGGACGUCAGCCUCACCUGUGCCGACGUCGACGUCAGGUGUCCUGGCGGCGUGCACGCUGACGGCGCCGACGCGCUGCGGCAUCUACGGCGCCGCGCCGUCCCUCCAGCCGCUGCUGAUCGUCAUCUGGCUCGGCUUCCUGCUCUGGUCGCUCUUCGGGAACGGCUGUCUGCUGGCCGCCAUGGGGACUACCAUGGACAUGGAGGAACGUGGGAACUACUUCCUAAGCGGGAUCGCGAUGGCAGACAUCCUCCUGGCUGUAGUCCACGCUCCUGCCUCCAUCUCUUCUCUAGUGUCAGGCGAGCUCAUGGCGGAAGGAUGGUGCAGACUGCAGGCCGUCCUGUCUCCUGGUCUCUUCAACCUCUCCAUGAGCUUCAUGACGGGCCUGUGGUACUGCCGCUACCGCUACAUCGUCCACCCUCUGACGUACCAGGCCACCGUGACGUCACGCCGCAUCGCCGUCGCUAUGGCAACGAGCGUCGCCAUCAGCUUCCUGCCUCCCGCCAUCUUCGUGUUACGUCAUCACCGUGACGUCACGGCCGUGGUGGGGCUGGCCUACCCUCCCGUGCUGACCAUACCCUGCAACGUGGGGGGUCCCGAGCGCCUGAUUAACUUGGUUAUCGACAUCGUGCUGUUCGGCGUGUGCACGCUCUGCAUCGUCAGCGUGCUGAUGGAGGCACGGAAACACCGUGUCGACAUCGCCAACCAGGUUCCAGCAAUCGCCUGGGCGGAGCAGGCCAACGCCUGGCGGGUGCAGAUCAAGCUGGUGUACACCCAUCUGAUGACACUGGGCGUGAACUGCCUGACCUGGCUGCCUAUACUCGUCAUAGGCAGUAUGCUGACAUCAGGCACGCUGAUCCUGAACGACUCUGUGUCCAUCUGGCUGGAGGUGUUCUGGAUGGUGAACCAGACCUCCACCUUCUCCGACUCCGUGGUCUUCGCCUUCCGGUACGAGAUCUACCGGAAAGCGCUCAAGCAGCUGGUUCGCAAGAUCCGGCAGAUCAUCGACGAGUACCAGUACGAUGAUUAA